UAACACAGUUUUGGGUUUGUUCACUUGUCCUCGAUGGCUGGAGGAUCUCUUCUCGCUCCAUCGCUCGCAAAUAGGCAGAUCAAUUACAAGGGUCGCACUACCAUUCCGGUGUUGCUGGCUUGCAUCGCGGCCGCCAGCGGAGGUUUGAUAUUUGGAUAUGACAUUGGAAUCUCAGGUGGUGUUAUCGCCAUGGACGAUUUUCUCAUCAAGUUUUUCCCCACUGUCUAUGUCCGCAAGCACGCUGCCCAUGAGAACAAUUACUGUAAGUAUGACAACCAGGGUCUCCAGGCAUUCACAUCCUCGCUCUAUCUCGCGGCUCUCUUUGCGAGCUUUGGAGCUUCCUACGUGACGAGCAACAAGGGGCGACGCCCAACAAUGCUAAUUGGUGGCCUCAGCUUUCUCGUUGGAGCGGCUCUCAAUGCUGCCGCAGAGAAUUUGGCGAUGCUUAUCAUCGGCCGGAUGAUGCUGGGUGUCGGAGUCGGCUUUGGAAAUCAGUCAGUACCAGUCUACUUAUCAGAGAUGGCACCACCAAAACUUCGCGGUGGUCUCAACAUAAUGUUCCAGCAAGCCGUCAACUUUGGGAUCUUGUGUGCGAAUCUCAUCAACUAUGGCACUGCUAAUCUCCAGCCCUGGGGAUGGAGACUUUCGCUCGGCCUUGCGGCAGUCCCAGCAUCGCUCCUCACCCUUGCGGCCAUUUUCCUCUCUGACACUCCAAACAGCCUGAUUGAGCGAGGCCAUCUCGAGCAAGGGAAAUCAGUCCUCCAGAAAAUCCGAGGAACUCCAGACGUGGAGGCCGAGUUCCAGGAUCUGGUGGAAGCCAGCAGAGUUGCCUCGACGAUCAAGGAUCCAUUUCUAAGCAUCUUUCGCCGGAAGAACAGGCCCCAGCUCACAAUGGCCGUGCUCAUUCCAUACUUUCAGCAAGUCACAGGCAUCAAUGUUAUAACUUUCUACGCUCCGGUGUUGUUCCAGUCGAUCGGGUUCCACAGCAAUGCCUCGCUCUACUCGGCAGUGAUCACGGGAUUGAUGCUGAUCAUUGGAACUGGAAUCUCGAUCUUCACGGUUGACAAGUUUGGCCGGAGAGUUCUCUUUCUCCAUGGAGGAAUUCUUAUGUUUAUUGGCCAGGUUGUCACUGGACUGGUUCUAGCAUUCGAGUUCAAUGGGAACGAAGAGCUCUCUCGGGGAUUUGCAGUAGUGAUUUUGGUGGUGACAUGCGUUUACGUGGUUUCUUUCGCGUGGUCUUGGGGACCUUUGGGAUGGCUGGUUCCCAGCGAAGUUUUCGCUCUUGAGACGAGAUCUGCUGGUCAGUGCAUCACCGUCGCAGUAAACAUGCUCUUCACCUUCGCGGUCGCGCAAUCCUUUCUCUCGAUGUUUUGCCACUUCAGGUUUGGGAUCUUCUUGUUCUUCGCGGGCUGGGUGGUGGUCAUGACGCUCUUCGUGCAUUUCUUCUUGCCCGAGACGAAGAAAGUCCCAAUCGAGGAAAUGCAGCAAGAGUGGAGUAAGCACUGGUACUGGCGUCGAUUUGCUCAAGAACAAGAAAACCAAGAUGAUUCGAAGCCGUAGUGGAGGAAUUUGAUCGCUAAGAGAAAAGAAUAAUUUAACAGUCAACGCAGUCUUGUUU